UCGCCCGCCGAAUAAUGCAAGCAUUUGAAUCAAAACACUGCCGCUUUUUAUUAUUCCCAUACCCAAAUCAAAUUGCAAAUUAAAAUUUUAUUAAAUUAACAAUAAAAAAAAGUUACCAAUCAAAUCUACUCUACUACUAAUCGAAAAAUGAAAAAUUCAUUUUGUCGCAUUUGUCGUGGUAGAUUUAAUUUGAAGUAUCCCCCAGCAGCUGUUGACAGCCUUAUUAAAAAAUCCAUUACUACUCCACGCACCAUAUCUGUUCGGAUCUCAGAAAGCGGCGAAGUUUCUGAGAACAUUUGUUGGGAUUGCGAAGAAACGCUGCUGGGCUUUCAUAAAAUUGGCGGAGACGAAGAGGAAGAACUUGUCGUUGUUGAUGACGACGAAAUUUUGUAUAAAAGUUUAGAAAAAUCAAAGAGAAAUCAUCUUUUGUCGAAAGAAAGAAAAACUGAAAUUAUACAAAUUGAUUCAUCUGAUUCGGAUGAAGCAGAAGUUGACGAAGUCCAAGAAGAGUGUGUGAUUAUUCCAAGUGACGACGAGGAAGAUACAAUUAUCGUUGAAACUGCACGACGUACUGUUAGCGGUGGUGCUGGUGGUCAAUCUCAAUCACAAAAACAAUUAAGUGGAGGCGUUAAGAAAAAAUCUGCAAAUAAGAAAACCACAAAGAAAAUGAGUAUUGAACAAGAAGAUACCAUCCCCAGGGGAAGAAUUUUCGAAUGCAAACAAUGUCCACUCUGUCCGUACCACUCAGGUAUCGAAUAUGAAGUAGUGUAUCACAUUCGACAAACUCACCCACAAUAUAACGGAGAUGACUUCCGUUUUGAUACGCAAGAAGGUGAUUCACUACUGACUCGGCGAAUAACAGUUGCUCAUCUGUGGACAUUUUUCGAAUGCAAAGAAUGCGGUAAGAUUUAUGACAGAUUUUGGCCUCACAGAAAACACAUUACAACUCACGAUCGAAAGAAAUUAAAAAAUGCCCUAACUGUGAAUAAUAACAAAAUUACCUCCCCCAUCAUCAACCUGCCCAAACAACAAACAAAAAGUACUAAAAAUCUCAAACGACCACUAGACGAGAUUAAUGGUUCAAAUAAAUCAGUACGCGUCAAAAUGAUAAAAACCUCAAAUAACCAUCACACGACUAAAACUGAGGUCCAAAAGACAUUGGUUGUUAAACUUCAUAAAUCUGAACCCAAAACAAUUGUGGCUAGAAGCAAGCAACAAAGUCAAAGUGAAAAGACAAAAAACAAAGCUAUUUUGCGAAAACAACAACAAUUGCAAGCCCGACGAGAUAAAAGACGACAAAAAAAGGAAGAGGAGAAAAAAGCUGCGCUUAAAGCAAACAAAAAGGCUGCUUCCAAGCCAACAUUCAAAAUGCCCACUCAACCUGCCCCUCGUGCCUCUUCUGUGGUCAAACAGAUAGUACAAAAAUUAAGCUUUACUUGCAAGCUGUGUUCAGUUAUUCUUCCGAGCUUUCUUGCCUGGAAUAGUCAUAUGAUUCGUGAUCAUUCUUCUGCUGAAUUUGAAGAGCAGAAGAAGAACUCGGCCGAAAACAUAUGCCGAUUAUGUGAUAAGCAUUUUAACAAUGGAAGUAUUUUAGAAAAGCACAUACGCUUUUCUCAUCGAAGGAAGAAUAGAAAAGUUGAUAAGGAAGUUAAUGGCAAUGAUAAAGAUGAAAUUUGUUGUCAGAGUCAAGCGUUUAAAAAAGAUGAGUCCAAAGAUGACCAACAACUUGAACAAGAACAAAAACAACUACCGAUUGAGAGCUUACUUUCAAUCGCUUCGAGUAACGAAUCUAAUCCAACAGCAAUAGAAGAUUCUCAUCCGUUUGUCUUGACAAAAAGUGCCUUAUUUUGUCAGUAUUGUGGUUCAUUAUUUGAAUCAGAUCAGACAAUAAUGGAGGCUCACGAAUCUAGCCAUAUCACAGAUGGAGAUGUUAAAAGAUUUUUUAUCUCACAACCCAAAAGUGUAGGAUGAAUUUUUUUCUACUUUUCCUUCAU